CGAAGCGAAGGUCAGCGGAAUCGGCGGCGGCGCAUCCUGUAGGAAGAUCAGGGGAAGAAGAAACAAGGUUCGGCACGCACGCGGCGGGCUAGCGGCGCUGGCUGCUGCUGCGUAGCGAAGGAGUCUCGGCCGGGUAAGAGGAAUCGGCGGCGGCGCAUCCUGUAGGAACGUCAGGGGAAGAAGAAACAAGUCUUCUCGCAAUGGGUUUAAUCACUGGCAGCUUCAAAUUUUUAAUGGGAAUGGGAUGCGGUGUCUAUGUAGCUCAGAACUACAACGUUCCAAAUGUGAAGAAGCUGUUCAACACGUAUGUUUUCCUGGCAAAGCACCUUGAGGAAACAUACCGUAAGCCAAAGAAGGAUGACGAUGGUCACACCCCCUAGGCCCUAGCAAAGUGAAGUAUACGCUGACAUAACAGAAACGUGAUCUUCGUAUAUGGUUAAGCAGUUUUGAUCUUCAAGAGCUGCGAACUCCGAUUUGCUCAUACUAGUGGUUAGCUGUGAAAUUUGUCGAUGGCGCUGUUUGUGGACCGUUAAGACACGCAUAUUAUGCUCAUUGUUGCCUAGAUGAACACUCCCGGUUGUUCAUUUUCCAAUUCUCGAUUUCCGAAAUAUUGAGCUGAAUAUUUUUUUGUUAUCAUUUCUACGAAUUGCCAGGUAGCUCAAUUCUCAA